AUGGCGGAAGUGUUGGAGGAUGGUGCGUUGUAUCCGAAGGGCAGAUCUGGAGACAUUGAAUCUAUUCUGUCUCUAUCACUUAUGGACCUUCAGGGACGAUUGCAGGAAGGUUCUCUUUCUCCCGAUGGUGUGUUGUUUGCUUACAUGGAGAAGGCUUUGGAAGUCAAUGAACUGCUGAACUGCAUCACAGAUUUUCUUCCAGAAUGUCAAACACAGCUGAAGAAUCUUGAUGAGAAGAAGAAAGGACUUCUAUAUGGGAUCCCUGUCAGCAUUAAGGACAAUGUGAACUACAAGGGUCAUGAUUCAACAUGUGGACUGAAGAAAUUCUUACACCAGCCUGCAGCUGAAGACAGUGUCUUGGUCCAAGUGCUGAAGAAACAAGGGGCUAUUCCUUUUGUGAAAACGAAUGUCCCUCAGUCUUUGCUAAGCUUUGACUGCAGUAACCCUAUUUUUGGGCAAACCAUCAACCCACAUGACCACAAACGUACACCCGGCGGGUCAUCUGGUGGUGAGAGUGCUCUGAUCGCAUCUGGUGGUUCAGUCUUUGGCAUUGGGAGUGAUAUUGGUGGCAGCAUCCGGGUGCCAGCUGCAUUUUGUGGAAUCUGUGGCUUCAAACCAACUGAAAAUCGAUUGAGCUCUAAAGGAAUCAGAGUGUCUGUGCCUGGACAAAAAAUUGCCAGUGCGGCAGUUGGCCCAAUGGCCAGAGAUGUGGAUAGUUUGGCAUUGUGCAUGAGAGCUCUGUUAUGUGAAGAUAUGUUCCAGUUGGAUCCCUCUGUGCCACCUAUUCCCUUCAACGAUGAGGUAUUUUCUAGCUCUAAACCUUUGAGGAUAGGUUAUUAUGAGAGUGAUGACUUUUGGAUCCCCAACGCCAGCAUGAAACGUGCAGUAAUGGAAACUAAACAGCUGCUGGAGAAUGCAGGCCACACGCUGGUUCCCUUCAAACCUCUGAGAACUCAAACUGCAUUGAAUGAACUUGUUAUAAGAGGCAUUAGUUCUGAUGAUGGCUGUACACUUAAGGAAAGAUUAAAAGGAGACAUCAUCGAUCCAACUUUGAAAGAUCUGCUCUUUGUAAACACAACAUCUAAAAUACUAAAGAAGAUCCUGUACUUUCUUCUGAAGCCAUUUAGUCCUAGAAUUUCAGAGACCCUCAAGUAUUUGGAUGGAGUAAAAUCAGUCCAUGAACUGUGGAAACUGCAUGCUGCAAGACAGGCUUACUGUGAUGAGUAUAUUGACAAUUGGAAAAGUGCAAAACUUGAUGUCUUACUUUGUCCAGAGUUUGGUCCAGCCCUCACUGUUGGAUAUGUUGGAAAAGUAAUAGCUUCAUCCUCGUGCAACAUUAUUUUCAACGUAUUAAAUGUCCCAUCUGGUGUUGUGCCAGUCAGUACAGUAACAGAGCAGGAUGAAGAGGAUUUGAAGAGCUAUGUUGGCUACUGUAAUGAUCUUUGGGACAGGACUUUCAAAGAGGGCGUAUCAGGAGCUGUUGGGCUUCCAUUAGCUGUGCAAUGUGUAGCUUUGCCUUGGCAGGAUGAACUCUGCCUGCGUUUGAUGAAAGAAGUGGAAAGAGUUACUCAAAAGAAGAAGAUGGUUUAAAGAGCUCAGCUGUUGAAGCAAGCUUUCAAAAAAGCUGCUUCCAACUGAACCAGCAUGCAGAUGCUGCUCAACUUGUGGAGGACGGUGCAACAAGUUUUCAGUAAUUAGAUGCAUAGUUUGGCAUAUUAUCUAUUUGACAGUAAUUAGUAUAAUUUAAGGAUUUAAAUACUUUAAAUCAAAUGGUGAUGUAUUUCAUAUAUUUGAAAGAUGUAAGCUAAGCUGCAUACCUUUCACUGUGAUCCUUGAAUGCUUGCGUUGGGCUGCGUAGAAACAUAGAAAAUAGGAGCAAAAGUAGGCCGUUUGGCCCUUCGAGCCUGCUGUCCCAUCCAUUAUGAUUAUGGCUGCUCAUCCAACUCAGUAGUGCAUUCACCCUUUCUUCUCAUAUAACCUUUGAUCACUUUAGCCCCAUGUGCUCCAUCCAACUCCGUCAAAAAUCAUAUUAUGUUUUGGCCUUGAUUGCUUUCUGUUGUAGCAAACUCUACAGGCACACCACUCUUUGGGUGAAGAAAUUUCUCCUCAUCUAGUGCGGAUGCUUUACAUUGUGACCCCUGGUCCUAGACUGCCUUGCCAUCAAGAACAUCCUCUUGCAUUGACGCUGUUUUGUCUUGUUAGAAUUUUAUACGUUUCUGUGGGAUUCCCCCACAUCCAUUCUUCUGAACCCUAGCAAAUGUAAUCCCAACCAAUUCAAUAUCUCUUCAUAUGUCAGUCUUGCCAUCCCAGAAACCAAUCUGGUAAAAUUUUGCUGCACUCCCACUAUAGCAAGAACAUCCAUUGAUAACGAGACCAAAACUGCCCCCACAAUCCCAGGUGUAGUCUCACCAAGGCCCUUUAUAAUUGUAGCAAGACAUAACGGCUCCUACACUCUAAUCCUUUCGCUAUGAAAGCCGAUAUACAAUUUGCCUUCCUUACCAUCUGCUGAUUGUCGCUGUGUCAUUGGUCUAAUAUCAUACGUUAUAAAAUUAAACAGCAGAUACUCUUCUUAGGAACAGGUAGCCAAGUUCCCUGGGUGUGUUUAAACUCUGAUUAUCCCUCUCAUCAAAAGCACCUAGAAGAAUCCUUGACACCAUAUUUCAAGAACAACCAUCAUUGGCAAAGGCCUUUGAGGUACCUGCAUGCGUUAGGUGACCUUUGUCUUUGCGUGCCAUAAUGUCACACUGGCAACAACCUCCUCAAUCCACACAUUAUCAUUUUUGCUUUCCAGAACUAACACUAAUUAGUCAGACAUGUUUGUUCUCCUAAAAUAAACCUCUACAGAGAGAAAUCCAUUUUCUUCAACUUUACUUGUUGUAUAUGUACAUAUUCUGGGUUUUAUAAAUGUGCUGUCUUACUACAAACGGUUAGCCAGUUUUGCAUCAUCAUUGAAUAGGUUUUGUUUAUAAUAAAUCAAGAAAUCUGUGUUUAUUGAAGAAACUGGUUGAAUGAUCUUUCGUUUUAAAUCUAAUUUAGAAAAAGUACAUGACUUGACCAAAUUGAACAGGUUAAAACAAUCAAAUUAAUGUUCUGAACUGUGAAGUAAUGGAAGUACAAAGUCAAUACAUGUCUUCCAUCUCAGUAAAAAUGCUCUCUUUUAUCUUUCUCUCUUUAUCCCAUCUUUAUCAUCUUAGUUUUCUGUACAUGAUUUUACAAUGAAUUUCUAUAAUUUAUACUUCUGAUUUUAACUUGGCAUGUCAUGGUAAGGAUUCUUCGAUCUGAUUGUUUGAUGAGUGGUGCUCUUGCUUGUCCUGCUUGCUCAUGCCAUAUGUCCCCUGCAGAGGGCCUUCUGUCCAACAGAAUCUCUAAAUACCAUACUGUGCUUGUUAGAACAUAUGAAGGUUGGAUAAGUGACCAUGGGUGACUGCCAGUUCUCCACUGGUGACUGCAAAGUCCAGACUCUUCCUUUAAUCUUAAACCCCCUUUUGCCCUGGGUUCUGAGUUAAGAAGUUUUUGAACUGCUGUAUGCAUAUUUUGAAAUCAGCAGAACCUCUUGUAUCCAUUUAAGCAGAUAAAUUGAUUUAAAAUGUGUUGUAUUGUACUGAUAUGGAAAAUGUACCUUUUCUAAAUAUAUAAUGGCCUCAGUUCCACCCUCUAAUAGUAUCUAGCAUGUUUAUUAUUUUCUUGGAGCAUACAUUGAAUUAAUUAGCAGAACCUAUCUCUUUCACUCGUAAGGCAAUUGUGAACUCAGACAUAAGAUUAACCACAAUACCUUUGCAACACAUCUUGGAUUAAGACAGGUUGUACACCUGACCACUGAUUUUAAUAAAACAACUUGUGUAACUUUC